UUAACUCAAUAGCACGGCAUUGCCCAAAGAACCCAUCCAGAUAACAUUCCAAACCCUCAAAGAAACCCAUUAAAAAUUUAUUCCACUUUUAGUUAAUAGACGAAACUCAAGCCGGAAAGAGCCAACAAUGUUCAAAACUGCAUCGAUUAUUUUACUGCUAUCCCUGGCUGCUGGGGCCUGGGCAGCGCCUCAAGCACGUAUUGUGGGUGGCCGUGAGGUGGACAUUGCCAAACAUCCAUAUUUGGUGUCGAUACGCUACAGAUCCACUGCCAAUGAUUCCUACAUUCACAAAUGUGCCGGUGCUAUUUAUUCGGCAAGGGCGGUCAUCACGGCUGCCCAGUGUGUGGUCGACAUUCAGCCGGAAGAAAAGGUAAUGGUUGUGGCUGGGGCCAAUACCCGUCUGGGUUAUGAUGGCAUGCCUUAUCCCGCCUUGAAAUGGAUUCACCACACCAGCUAUUCCGAGUGGACAGUGGACUAUGACAUUGCCGUAAUUAUCAUCGAUGAUACCUUUGACUUCACCCAUACUCUGAUAAAACCACUGCCGAUACGUGAAUCCCGUCCCGCAAAUGGCCGUUUGAUGACCGUUACCGGUUGGGGUUAUCAGGAGGAGAGUGGUCCAUCCACCAGAACCCUGGAAGAAGUUGAUGUGCCCGUAGUCGGUAAUGAUGAGUGCGGCAGUUUGCAUGGCGCUGGUGAAAUAACGGAACGCAUGAUUUGUGCCGGCUAUCUGAGCGGUGGCAAGGAUUCAUGCCAUGGCGAUACUGGCGGUCCUUUGGUUUACAAUUCCGAGUUGGUGGGUUUGGUUUCGUGGGGCCGUGGCUGUGCCAGGCCCAAUUUGCCGGGAGUUUAUACAUAUGUGGCCAGUUUGAAGAAGUGGGUUGAGGACACCAUUGCCGCUAAUUUGUAAUAACGUUAUUAUUGAUGUUGUUGCUGUUGUUCUUUGAGAAAUAAACUUUUUUAU